AUGCUGCCGGCACUCACGUGGCCGUCAAGCGAAUGGAGUUGCAUUCACGACGGUGGCAGGCCUGUGUGCGGUAACCUCAAAGCAGACAGAGCCAGUCUCAGUCACUCAGCCGCCUCCUUUGCCAAUGGCAAGGGUAAAGAGUUUCUGUCGUCGUUUUCAUUCUGGUUGACGAUCCGCCGUUGCCAAAGCGUUCGCCCCCGCUCCCCUUUCGCCUGCCGGAGAUGCGGAGACUUCUGUUGGGGCCUCGCGCCAACCGAUAAUGAUUUUUUUCUCAUUCUGUCUCUCUCAUGUGGCUCUCAUCUCAGUAAUGGUCUCCCCCGUAUUCCUUCGCAUGCUUUUCCCUCGUGGCUCGCCGGUUACCCGCCAGAAAACGUGUUGCGACGUGUUACAAACCUUUUUGUUCAUCCUUCUGUUGUCGCUGUGCGAGGGAUCUCAUCGGCUGUGAUUGGCAUCAUGAUGGAAAACUACGAUACCACUAUCGCAGGAAAGCGACUUACGCGGGAGGAUUUAGACCAGCACAUUAGGCGGCUAACGGCGCCACGGCGUGAGGUAGAACUACGUGACCCGUUCGAGGUGUGUCCGACGAAGCGAAUCUCGCCAGAGGCGCUGUCGAGGAUGACGGACCGUCUUUAUACCCAGAGCCUCCAGCACAAACAAGAGCGUCUUGCGGCGGCAGAGCAGGCCGCUUACGGUGCGCACACGCGGGGCACCUUACUCAGAGCCUCACCACUUUCACCACAAGACCAGGAGACAUCCGUGAAGCGAUUGUUCAACGAUGCAGUCGAACGGAAGCAGACGAACAUGGAGCAGCUCCGCCGACAACACCAAUACCACCGCCCCACCAACGAGACAAAGGUCACGCUGAACAUGUUCGUACAACAUAUGUACUACGACCGCCUGGAGGCGAAGAAGAAGACGGAAAAGCGACUUUACGAUACAUACCUGGCACCGACAGAAAUUCACACCGGCACCAUUUCUCGCGAGAAAGCCGACGAGGCAUCAAAUCGCCUGUGUACCACGAAAGCGGGAGCGUAG